AUGAAGAAGGAGCAGUAGCUUGUUAAACCUCGUGACGCGGGAACUGUCAACUCGCCGCCAUGGACUGGGGUCAGAGUGAGCUGCCGUCGCCGGUGGUUCGAGAUGACGAGGUGACGGUUGCUGCCCGCAGGAGGAGGAAGAAGGUGGCCUUCCCGUCACCCGGCAGCCCCGUCAUUUCUACAGUGACGCCGGCCCGCCCCCUGCUGAGAAACACCCCUGCUUCACUCUUCAGACAGGCUGUCACUCCCAGGGUUCCAGAUGUUUCCGCCAUUUUGGCCCCAGGAGGUCGAACGCCUCGUUACACGCACACGCCCAGAAAUGCACUGAGCAGUUUGAACCUGGAUGACAGUGACUGGACCAACAGCAUGUACACCUCCCCUCUUUCGGGGCAGGAGAACACGAGUUUCUUCAGAGACGACAUCGGGAACCUCAGCUCAGCCCUCCUAAAGGAGGAUGACCCAGGAGAGGCUGCGGCUGCCAGUCUUUUCUCGGAGUUCCUCGGGGCCUUUGUGAAACACUCUUCCUCUGCAGUGUUUGAGCUGCUGGACGAUUAUCAGGCGCUCUGCCAGGACAAGGUGGACGUGCUGCAGUCUGUGGUCCUCAGAGCGGGUCAGAACAGUAAAACAGCUGGAGUCCGCUGGCUGCUGCAGCAGGAGAACUGCACCUGGAGGCUGAUUGGCUCCCUCUACAGGGAUCGGGUCCAGUUGGCACUGGAGGAUGACCUCAUGACAGACAUGGUUGUUCCCAGUGAGAGCGAGAAGGUUGUGGUGGAGCAGCUUUUCCAGAGGGAUGCCAUCAUACGACAGAGCCAGCUGGUGGUCGAUUGGCUGGAGAGCAUCGCCAAGGAUCAGAUCGGAGACUUCUCCGAUAACAUUGAAUUCUACGCCAAAAACGUGUGCUGGGAGAACACCCUCCAUGCGCUGAAGAUGAGGAGGAAGAGCGGCACUUCCUUCACUGUCCCUCUGGUCACUGAGCUGGACCCAGAUGCCCCCCUCCGGCAGCAGCGGCCCCUGGCUGACCUGGACAGAGAGGACGACGCUCGGCUGCUGAAGAACCUCUUCACCCUGAUCAGAGCAGGGAUGACCGAGGAGGCUCAGAGGCUGUGCAAACGCUGCGGUCAGGCCUGGAGGGCAGCAACUCUGGAAGGCUGGAAACUCUACCAUGACCCCAACAUGACCUCAGGCGGUGUGGAGUUGCAGCCAGUUGAAGGAAACCCACACAGAGGAAUAUGGAAGGCCUGCUGCUGGAGAAUGGCUGAGGAGGAGCAGUUAAACAGAUAUGAGAGGGCGAUCUACGCCAGCCUGAGCGGGAACCUCAAACCGCUGCUGGCUGUGUGUGACUCGUGGGAGGACUGUGUGUGGGCCUACUUCAGAGUGAUGGUGGACUCGCUGGUUGAGAAGGACCUCAUGUCGUCGGGCAUGGCCCAUCAGGAGGUGGAGACGUUGCCGCGGGAGUACCUGGAGGCCAACUGGACCAUGGAGAAAGUGUUUGAGGAGCUUCAAGCCUCCGAGUCAAAGAGGGUGCUGGAGGAGACGAGAGAGCAUUACCACGUCAUCCAGAGGUUUGUCAUCCUGGGAGACCUGGACGGUCUGUUGGAGGAAUUUUCUGAUUGGCUGACAGCCUCUAAGCCCCUCCCCUCCCACCUUCUGCGUUUCAUGACACACCUUGUGCUGUUUUUCCGCUCUCUGGGUUUGGCACUGAAGGAGGAGGUGUGCAUCGACGUGCUGAAGGCCUACGUCUCACUUCUGAUCCGAGACCAGCAGACUGACCUCGUGGCGAGCUAUGUCGGCCAGCUUCCCGCCGAGCUCGCCACCGCUCAGUACGCUGCCUUCCUGGAGACUGUCACGCAGCCAGAGCUCCGCCCCCGCUGCCUGCAGCUCGCCACCGAUGCCGGUCUGGAUGUUUCAUCCAUAACCAAACUGGUGGUGGAGACAGUGAGACAGAGAGAUGACACCGAGUUCACGCACCACAGCCAAACGCUGGAGACGGGAACUACUAAGGAGGACCAAAGGAAGAUUGACGUUAUCGAUUGGCUCCUAGACAACCCCGCCCACCGAGCCGAAGCCCUAAAGCAGUCCAACGCCAUCAUGAGGAAGUUUCUAGCUCUGCAGAAACACGAUGCAGCCAAGGCGGUGUUCUCCAAAGUCCCAGAGGACUCGAUGAGUCAGAUUUACUGCCAGUGGUCGGAGGUCGGUCAGCUGCCCGCUGAGGACGAGAACGCCGUCAGAGAACACCUGUGCAUCAGAGCCUACCUGGAGGCCCACGAGGCGUUCACUGACUGGUUCAGACACAGCAGUUCAGCCCCGCAGAAGCCGGCGCCGGCACCCGAGGCCAAAUUCACAGAGAGGGUAGCCAAUGAGAUGAGAGAAAAGGAGUACCAGGCCUCCCUGUCUGCCUGGUCGUGCCGUCUGGAUGCUCUGACUGAAGACGUGAAAGAGAGAAUCUACAACGUUCUGCUGUUUGUGGACGGAGGCUGGAUGGUCGACGACAGAAAGGAUUCGGAGCAGGACUCGGAGCGCAGCCACCAGAUGGCGGUGUUGCGCUCUCUGUGUCUGCCCCGCCUCAGCUUCCUGCUGCUCAGCGUGCUGCAGAGCUCCUCAAGACACCAGGAGGCGCUGCGGCUCGCUGACAUCAUCUCGUCUGACCAGCACCGCCUCUAUCAGGUGUUCUCGAAGGAGGAGCUCAGGAGGUUUCUGCAGAAACUGAGGGAGUCGUCUCUCUCCCUGCUGGACCGAGGACUCGACCCACUGGGCUACGAACUGCAGCCAUGAACACACACACACACAGCAGUGUUUGUCUUUUUGUUUUGUUUUGUUUUUUUGGUGAUGGUCUGUUUUUGCAAAAUAAAUCAAAUAAAAUCCUGUUC